AUGUCGGUUUUGCUGACGGGUAAUUGUAACUUGGCAUCUUCGUCAUUUUUAUGUAUCAGUUCUGGUGUAGAUACUCGUGCGACAGUUACUUCGCCACAUUCAGAGGCUGUUCGCAGAUCAUACUCUAUUUCAUCCCGCCAAAGUUGUGAUGAUCGUGGUGGUAAGCAAAACGACUCAAACGCGGUAUGGAUGUCAGUCAUCAGAGAAACGUCCGCUGCACCUAGUAAUGAGGCAGGAAAAAAUGCGAAUAAGGUAGUAACUUCCGUAUCUGAUACAUGGUUAAAACGGAUCAAACGGUUCUACAAAUCGCUCCAUCUCAACUAUUUAUUCUCAUUGGCAUUCAUGAUGUUUUACAUGUUCCUUGGAGCACUGUUAUUCCUUUGGCUUGAGGGAGCUUCAGAUCAGGCUCGAAAAUUGCAUGAAUAUAAAUUUUAUAUUCAUGAAAGGGAACACUUCCUCAAACAACUCGAUGAAAUAUACAAUGUUAAUGCAUCUAAGCAACGGAAACUUAUGUUGAAAGAAGCUGUUGACUAUUUACAUCGGCAAAUUGGAGUUUCAUUUAAUAAUCGGUCGGAAUGGUCCCUUACAACUGCUUUGUACUAUUCUGGUACGAUUCUCACAACAAUCGGUUUGUUUUUUGCACUAUAA